UUACGCGGUUGUUUGAAAAUACAGCAUUGAUUGGUAUCUUGCUCAAACGCUUCGAUCGAACUCAGUCGCAACGCAACGGAACGGAACGAAUCGCCAGGUAGAACAUACCAAUUCGAGCACGUCAGCACGGUUUUGGAAAUCGGGCAGAAUAUAGCAUAACGGAAUCAAACGGAACCAACGUCUCCCGCGAAGAUCAAAACGACACCAUGUCCGCCAAAACCGUUGCGGUGGGAAUCGACUUGGGGAGCUACAAUUCACGCGUUGCAACAUUCGACGAUCACUCCAACCACCCCGUCUGUGCCCACAACAGCGAUGGAAACCGAACGACACGCGUCGUCCUCCCAGCUGAGGAAUCGGGCGACGGCAAUGGCUUUAGCAGCAACAAAAACACCGUUCCCGUGACCGCGGAGAACCUCGAUCGGUACAUAACAGAGAAGCUGAUGCCGCUAGCAUACGAUGCCGCACACACCAAAGAUUUGAGUGUCAUUGUCAGCAUCCCCAACGACGAAAGGAUACCCCAGGAAUGGCUGAGCGCCCUGAAACAAUCGGGGCGGGGGGUGAUAACAGAAGCCGCGGCGGUGUGCCUUGCCUAUGAUCUGGAAGAAAAAACAGAAAACUCAAAAGCCAGCAAACGAAUUCUGGUUGUAGACGGAGGCGCCUCCGCGCUCAAGGUGGCUCUCCUCCAGGUAACCACCAGUGGUCUUUUGUGUCUCGAAUCGACUCAAAAGACCGACACGGUUCAUGGAGAGGCACUCGUAGAGACACUGGGGCAAGCAGUCGCGCAGCAGUUCGAAAUUAAGCAUCGUUUUCCCAGGGGGGAGGUGUGGCAAUCCAAGAAGGCCCGCGGUAAACUCCAGAGGGCAUGCGAGAACGGGCUGACGACGCUGCAAAUCAACAACACACUGACGAUUCACGUCGAAAGCCUAUACGAGGGAAUAGAUUGCCAGGUGACUAUUUCCGAAGCUAAGUGGGACUACCUCUCGGGAAAACUCGUUAAGAACGCCAAGGACUUUCUAAACAUGACGAAAGCGGAGUCUUCCGACAUCGACACGAUCUUACUGAGCGGCAACAUGCAUGCGUGGUUGAAACCCCUCGUGAAGGAGAUUUUCCCUGGAAAGCUCCUUUCGUCGGGAAUCGAUCCCUCCGAAGCCAUUGCCAUUGGAUGCACGAAGCAAGCCAACUGGAAUCUUAGCCACCCGGAUGAAUCGAUCUCUUCGACGAUUCCAACGACCCUCGACGUGCCGAUGUCACCGAUUGCGAUCGCGAUUGUCCAAAAAGAAAACGUUGUGAUAGAGCAGGGCGCGCCGUUGCCCGCGUUUGUGAAAUACGAGCUUUUGUCCUCAGAAGAAUCAUCUUCCGAAGAAGAAACGCCGACCGCUGCGGUUGAGAUCUGGCAGGUCCAACCGACAGAAAAACACUUGGCGACACUCAGUGACCUCGCGACAAAUUCCACUGUGUGCUUACUUCUUACCGAAAACAAAAAGCUAAGGAUAGCAGUCGGUGGGGAAUCUAUCGUCAUUGGUUAGAUUGACAAAUUCAAUUUAUAAAAACAAUAUUAACGA